AGCUGCGGUAGUCGCUUUGCGGUGGUGGUAGGUUUCUUUUGCUUUUGUAGCCGUUCGUCUUGCGGCAGAGCCAUGUGGAAGCGCCCCUGAUGAUCGUCUGUUCGGCUUUGUAAGGAGUUUAAAUCGCAGAAAUCAAAUUUAACUGUGAAGAAAAGACGUCUGGCUUCAGUUUGACGCGGCUGAAGUUCGUCUUAGGAGCGGAAUCAGAAAUCAUCGGACGAAGGUGAGAGAAAAUGUCCUACUACUCAUCCUCCCGUAGCUCGUCUCGGGCCACUGACUGUAAAGUGUACGUCGGUGACCUGGGCAAUGGCGCUGCAAAGGGGGAGCUGGAGCGAGCAUUCAGUUAUUACGGGCCACUGAGAAGUGUGUGGGUGGCCAGGAACCCUCCUGGGUUUGCCUUUGUGGAGUUUGAGGAUCCCAGAGAUGCAGAAGAUGCCGUCAAAGGCAUGGACGGAAAGGUCCUCUGUGGUUCCCGUGUUCGUGUGGAGAUGUCAACAGGCCUCUCCAGAAAGGGCCGUGGGCGCCCAAGCCGUCGCCAGUUUGACCCCAACGAUCGGUGUUACCAGUGCGGGGACCGGGGUCACUACGCCUAUGACUGCUACCGCUUUAGCAAGCGAGGCCGUCGCAGCAGGUCUCGCUCUCGAUCACGAUCCCGCUCCAGAUCAAGGUCCCGCGGGCGCCGCUACCGCUCUCGCUCCCGCUCCCGCAGCCGCAGCAGGAGCCGACGCAGAUCGCCAUCCUAUUCCAGACGCAGGAGCAGGUCUGGAUCCCCUGCCCGCUCAAAGUCCAGGACUCCAGCGAGAAGUCGUUCCAGGUCUCGUUCUCGGUCCGGCUCUGCUCCCAGAGGGCGCUCUGUGUCCAGAUCCCGGUCACGUUCUCAGUCAGCCAACCACAAGAGGAACAGCGUGUGGUGGGAGCUGAGCACUGCACUGACACCGCAGCUGAUCCCAGGCCCAGGGUCUGCCAGCUGGCGGUGUGUACGUCCUGCGGGAGGGUGACUAAGCGCUGACCUGAGAUCAGCCUUCGCCUGCAUCUGGUGUUAGACAGCGAGAAAGAGGUCGACCGACCGACCGAACCCUCCCCACAGUGAAUGGGUGUCUGUUCCAACCGACGCACACGCUCAGACGAGAUCAGCCCGUGCACACAUACAGUUGCUCAACUAGAGUCACCCAGCCAGCCAGCCUUCAGAUGUACCAGAGGGCUGACCCACACAGAUCACAGUUCGGCAUUUUUAAAUCCAUUACCUACCUACCAGACCCCCCUACCUACCUACCAGAGUUCUUCGCCUCUGUCUUAGCUUCUGAAAGUGAGAGAGCUGACGAGAGAUCAGUCUUCAAGAGCCUCCCAGCGCAGUGUAUCUCCAAGUUGUAGUCAUCCGUCCUUCAGUCCUUUCAUCCUUCGCUUCUCUGUACUUGUUGUUUCUGCCACUGUCUCCAAAGGUAACCAAAAAUCAAACCCCCUGACAAGCUCAUGUUGAUGGUGAAAAGAAACAUUUGCAGGCUUGAUGUAGUCUGAAAAAAAUGGUGUUUUGUAGAAGUUAAAGUUGAUCCUUUUUAACAAGCAUGCUCAGAGUACGCAAGUGUGUGUCUGCAUGUGAGAGUGCUUGGACGGGUGAGUGAAAGACAAACAGGCACCAUGAAUAUUAGUGGGAUGAUGUGUCUGAUACGUUUUUCUCACUGUGUCUCACUUGUUGCCUCAUCGUUACCAUUUGAAGCAACUUGUCUGUGUUUAUAGGUAAGGGGAGAUUGAGUUCUGCAUUAGAGCACAAAUGCUGCUAACCAGCAGCUCUAGAAGCAAAAGAUGAGACGGUGUCAAAGACCUGCCAUUUAUUUCAAUGAGCGUUUGCUCUGGGGGUUCAAUUAUGAAUUUAGCUUUUGAACAUAGAUAGCUAUUUCUGAAAAGAUUAGAGGCAGAUGACAUGAAGUGUACCUGAGAGGUCAAGGGUUGCUGUUGUUAAGAAUGUUAACACCUGUCCGAUCUUUCUUCCACCCCUCCCCUGCGGCGGGCUAAUUCCUCUCCCUUUCUGUUUCAGUCGUUCCCGUUCGGCAACUCCAAACCGAAGCCCUACUCCAGCAGACGACUGAGCGAAGGCGACUAUUUGCCCCCCCUUUCCCCUCCACCACUGUCCCUAAGACAAACCCUUAACCCCUGCACGCUCUCUGCUUUUACACCCUGGCAGCAACUUUUUUUUGUUGUUGUUUUUGAAUUUGUCUUGUCCCAGUUUUUCUCCCCAGGGCUGUAGUCUAUGUGCAUCCUUGUUUGAGAUGUAAUCAGUACAGCAGAUAAAAACAGAUUUUCCACUAGAUACAGAUUGUUUUAAAUGUUGCUGUUGCUGUGUAGGCCAUCUUUCUUUUCCUUUUUUCUCAACACUGUUUUGUAAGAAGGUAAUGUUGAAUGUUGCAGAUUACUUUUAGCAGUAAUUUGAGGAUCUCCGUGGAGUAAAUGGAUGCAUUUCUGAGAACCAAGAAGCCAAUUUUUCUUGGAAGAAAAAAAGUUUCCCCAUUGAAAAUUUGUAAAUGUUGUUGUUUGAUGCCUGUGUUGGUAUGUUUAGUUCCUGAUUAUGAUUGCAGAGGGAGAUCAUUGCCAGCUUGCAUGCCUUUAAAUAUGAUGCAACAUUCCUGUUGUUUUCUCUGGUUUUUUUUGUUUUUGUUUUUUCCUGCUGCACAUCCCUCGUCAUAAAUCCAGAUCAGCAUCACUGUGUGCAGGGCGAGUUUCCUCCUCUGGUUUGUCCCCAUAACUUGAUUUUAAAACGAAUGCAGUUGUUCAGGUGGAUUUCUGGCAGGGCUCCUUGAACAGUUUCUGCUCUUCCUGGCUUAUAUGGUGACAGUGGCAGUUUUAUUUUUCAAUAAAUCUCUUCGACAAACA